UGUAUAUAGACAAUGCUUUUCAAAAACCAUAAAGUUCACCCACCUACAAUAGGUGGAUAGCAUUUUAAAAAAAAAGUUCGAGGUUGAGACAAUUUAGGAUCUUCCAUUCUUUGCAAUGGUAGCUUAAUUGUUAUAAUUUCAUGCAUGCAAUUUGACAGGUUUGGAAAGUGGGGCGGCAACAGUGAAUCAAACAUAACUUGCUUCAUAAAAUCUCCUCAUUGCUAAAUUUGUAAUCUUCUUUACUUCUUAACAAAGUUCUCUACCAUUACUUAAACCCCUUCAUUCCACAAUUCAUAAUCACCCCACAAUUUACAAACACCAAUUUUAUCAGCAAAUUAAACCCAAAAAAAUUAAUUAAAGUAUUAAUUUAGCACCAAAAAAAAAAAAAAAUGGGGCACAAACAUGGUCAUGAUUGGGGUCCAGUGUUCAUUGCAACAAUAUUGUUUGUUCUUCUUUCACCAGGGUUGUUGUUCCAAGUGCCAGGUGGCAAAAGGUGCAUUGAGUUUGGGAGCUUCCGUACUGGUGGGGCAGCUAUUUUGAUCCAUGCUCUUCUAUAUUUUGGCCUUAUUUGUAUCUUCUUGAUUGCCCUUGGAAUUCACAUGUAUUGGGGUUAAUUGAUCAACAUUGAAGCCAUUCAACCCAUAUUGUUCCUAUCUUUAUUUUGCUUUCUGUUUUGGGAGGUCGGUCGAGUGAUCUUGUUGUGUUGAUUUCUAUUUUAAAU